GUAAACAUGUACGCGUGGCGCAUGCGUGCUGCUGGCUUUGAACGCAAUCGUAUGUUGGUGUGCAGAGGAUCCGGUGUGAAAAUGGGCGACAUACAUCAAUAAAAGUGAAGUACAGGUUUGAAGACACCAGUCCAUUAACUCUUCAAAUGAGCAACCGAAGAGCAACAAGUUUAUGUGAUAUUAAACCCUUUUGGAACCAUGGUUUAUAUAGUAGAGGUUGUUCUUAACCAUGAGCAUGCGAGCCAACUGCUUUUCUAAAGUGGGAUUAUACUCGAACAACCUUGACCUCAGUCCAUCAAAAACAAGACACAGAGUGAGUGUCCGAAGAGUUUCCUCUGUCUCCGGGCUACGGGAUGAUGUUGAUGAAACUCCCAAGAACACCAAACAACAUCUGAUCUUGGACCGAAGUCUUAGAGGGAAGGUUGAACGCGCUUCGUUGCCUGUAAAGCACGGCAGAGCGUUAGCCGAAGCUUCAGAGGCUGGCUCUGAGGGCACAGUAACACUGUCCUCUCAAGCUAAACAAAUGGGGGGUGAAGGCACCCCUGUAAAAAGUAAAACUCCUCUCGGACAGACCAAUACUAUUGACAAUAAACCAGAGUUUGUAUCGAUGAAUUCACAUAGUAAUUCCAGGGACCCUGUGGGGGAGAAAGGUGUAAAAGGGUUUGAAAAUAUGGGGACGUCACACGAUCACACGGAUGGUAAAAGAACAAAUAUGAAGAAGAUUGUGGGUCAUCCUCACUCACAAGCCACUUGCCUUAAACAACUCCUUCUACUUCAGCUGGAUUUAAUAGAACAACAACAGCAACAGCUGCAGACUAAGGACAAGGAAAUAGAUGAACUAAAAUCAGACCGAGACACGUUGCUUGCCCGUAUUGAGAGGAUGGAACGGCGGUUGCAGUUGUCAAGUAAGGAACCGCGCGACAAGAGGCUCUUUCAGCCGUUAGAGAGAUGGGUCCCGGACACGGAGGACUUUUGGGAGUCAGAUGUGGGGGACAGCCCGCAGACUGAGGCAUCUGCAAGCGGCAAGGUGCAAAAGAGGAAGUUCAACUUCUUAGACAAUAAGAUGCAGAGGUCAAGGGGUAAGGCCUCGCGACUGACCCCCAAAAAAUUAGACACGGGCGAGAAAUCGCCAUGUCAGCAUGACCUGCGAAACAAGGAGACCCCAGAGAAAACUAACACUGCGAAAUCGUCCGGGCAGAAGGAGGAAAAAGACAAAGAGGAAGCUGAAGGUCCAUACAUGACAACUUCUGAGGUGUACCUGUGCUGCUGUCAACAGCCUCCAGCCUCUCCAUUACUGGAAUCUCCCGUAAAGAAAGAGGAAGAGGAAGUUGCAAUCCCAUCAUGGCGGGAAAAUAUCGUGGAUCCAUUGCUAGAGGAGGAUGCUGUCGACAUCCCUGAGAAUCUCGAUGACAAUGUUUUUCUGAAACGGCAUGCAAAGUUAGAAUUGGACGAGAAGAGACGAAAAAGGUGGGACAUUCAAAGAAUACGUGAGCAGCGCGUGCUUCAAAGACUACAGCAGCGCACGGAGAAGAAAAAGGUUACUGUUCAGGAGACCAAGCCUGAGGUGUCCUCCUUUUAUCCUGAUCCAGAGAGUGUGGAGUAUAUUGAAGUCACGCCCCAUCUGCCUGUUGUGGCCUUUGGUCAGCCUUUGCCCAAUUUGCCUGCACAGAACUUUGAGCUGCCGUGGAUUGAGGAAAAAAGCAAAUGUCGCAGUGAAAAUCCGAAGAAACAAACUCCCCAUAGGUCCUGUCGGAAAUGAGCUGCAGAGAUUCAGAGAGCACGUCCGGAUUGAGUGCUAGACAUGAAGAAGCGAUGGAUCGUGACCAUUAGAACGUAAAAAAGCCAGAACGGUUAGGGGUGCUGAGUCGAGGCUGGCAGGACUACAGCUGUGUUGCUGUCACAAGAAGGCAUCCACUGCCAUGCUAACUGCUAUUUGACACACGAUACAUGUGUGGCCUUGAUUUAAUCCUGAAUCUUUAGUCUUGUUCUGUGUACUUUCACUGAGGAAAAAUGAUUUGGAUUAUUGCAGACUGCUGAAAAUAAUGCUUUAAUAUGCAUUAAAGUGUGGUGAUGGAGUAUUGAUGCACAUUUGCAUGUGAGCUCUCAAAAUAUUUGUGUUGAGAAUGGCUUUAAUAAGCUUGUUUUGUUAGAAAUGUAUGCAUGAAUGUCUUGGUAAUCCUAUGAUUAAAAAUUCAUAUUUUUGCAAGCAUAACAUAGACAUUGAGGCAGAUAGGGCAGAAUUAGGAUGUGGAUGCUGACCAAUAUAGAAGUUUAAAGGUUUAAGGACAAUGCCCUUGACAUUUUUUUUUUGGAUCAAUAAGUUGUUCUUGAUGUAUCCCAAAUUUCAUUAAAUCUACUCAUCCUUUUUCUUUAAGCCUCAUUCAUGCCCGAAGGUGUUGAUAGUCUUGCUAGUUUACAAAUUUUGGUAUACUGUAUGCCUCACGGGAUUCAUUUCAGGGCCUUUUGUGUUAUAUGUCCUAAUAGUAUUUCUUUUCAAUUGUAAACCCAUAACCAGAUUUUGUGUGUGUGUGUGUGUGUGUGUAAAUGUCUUGAUCUUGUUAGUACCACAGUCGUUGAGUCGUCACUUUUUCAUGAAUGUGUACAACUGGACCUUUUGUAAAUAGUUUUAAUUUCACACAUUAGCUGUAAAUAAAGAAAAUAUUGCUGUUAUUUUUUUAUUUAAUGUCAGAAUGUUGUAAGUCCAGUAUAGAUAUAUGUAUAGAUAUAUUGAUAGCAUUAUUUACGAAAGAAGUUUUGUUUUUCAAAAAUAAAACAAUACAAGGA